GGAGUCAGGGGCGCCAGUGUCUCGCCGCCUCGCCUCGCCUCGCCGGCAGCAAGAGCUCCACCACUUCCACUCCACGGCGUCCGUCGUGUGCUCGGCUUGCACCGGAACAACGGCGACGGCGACGGGCGGGGGAGGAGAUGAAGCUGAAGCAGCUGGAGGGCCUCCUCGGUGGCCUGACCCAGUUCCCCGCCCCCAAGGUGGAGCUGGAGCAGUACCCGACAGGCCCUCACAUCGCGUCGCGGAUGCUCUACACGGCGGAGAAUAGUUUCAAUGACAUAACUGGCAAAGUGGUAGCUGACUUUGGCUGUGGCUGUGGCACCCUGGCAGUGGCGAGUGCUCUUCUGGAUGCUGAACAUGUUAUCGGUAUUGAUGUUGAUCCACAAUCACUUGAACUUGCUCAAGAAAAUGCUGCUGAUCUGGAGCUGGAUAUCGACUUAAUUUGGUCUGACAUAAAGAAUUUAAAUUUGAAAGGCUUCCAUAUUGACACCGUUGUCAUGAAUCCUCCUUUUGGGACACGAAAGAAAGGAGCAGACAUGGAGUUCCUUUCUAUGGGGUUGAAGGUUGCUUCGCAGGCUGUCUACUCUCUGCACAAGACUUCCACUAGAGAACGUAUCAAGAAGGCAGCCUUGCGUGAUUUCAAUGCUGCCAGUGCUGAGGUUCUGUGUGAGCUGCGAUACGAUCUGCCACAGAGCUACAAGUUCCACAAGAAAAGGGAGGUCGACAUUGCUGUCGAUCUGUGGCGCUUUGUUCCUAACGCCCGACGUAGCAGCUAGCGCUCUUCCUCUGCGCGCCCAGGCCACGAGACCGUGACAUGAACAAGGAACAUUAGAGAUGGUUGUCUUGCAUGGCUGGACUUGAUAGAAGAAACAUUACACGCAGUGCAUCUAUUCUGACUGGUGUGGCAACUCCCAGCCAAACCUUACUAUACCUACCCAUUCUUCGAUUGUUCUUGUUCCUCAAUGGCAUGUAGUAUUUGGCUAUGGAACCGGUUGGAGCUGGGGAAACAUGACGAACUGGAUGUCUGGAUGUACUUAUCAAGUGUUCGCGCUGUACAAAUUUACAAUGCACAAUGGCUGGGCUCCCUCUGCAUUGUGCUGUGGUCCUGGGCCUUUUCCUUUGUCUUCA